CUCUCCCUUGAAAGAACACAGCUGCCUGUCUCCUGUUGUCGCCGCUCCUCUGACUAGCUUUUUGCAGCCUCUUGCCUCUCCUUCUCUUUCUGCUUAGCUCCUUGUCUUCUGAUACUACUCCCAGUAUGGAGACGAAUCACUCUGUACAGUUGUCAGGAGAACCCCAGUCAACACCUCCAGGGGAAAGUUCAUCAUUACCCAAUCAAAAUGGCUUGGAGAAGCAAGAUGACAAGGAUUCCUCAACCCCACUUCAAGCACCAGAGGGGAAGACAGGUGUGCAGUCUGAACAGGGAGCUCAUGAUAUCUCUGAGGAGUUGAAUCGACAAUUAGAAGACAUAAUUAAUACCUAUGGGUCUGCUACUGAAAAAGAGGGUCCCACCAAGACAAGGGAGCAGCCUGAGAACAUAGAACCACCCGACAAUGGGGAUGGGGACUGUGAUGAGGCCACUGAAGAGACAGAGAGAGAACCCAUGGCUUCUGGAGAGCCAACCACAGCCAAAGAGCCUGUCAGCAAUAAAGAGCAAAAGUUGGAAAAGAAAAUCCUAAAAGGAUUAGGAAAAGAAGCCAACCUGCUAAUGCAAAAUCUGAACAAGUUGCAAACACCUGAAGAAAAACUUGAUUUUUUAUUCAAGAAGUAUGCUGAAUUGCUGGACGAACAUCGCACUGAGCAAAAGAAGUUAAAGCUCUUACAAAAGAAACAGGUACAAAUCCAAAAAGAAAAGGACCAGUUACAAAGUGAACACAGCAGAGCUAUCCUUGCUCGAAGCAAACUGGAGAGUCUAUGCCGAGAGUUGCAGAGACACAACAAGACACUGAAGGACACGAGAAAAAUGGACACAAAGCUAACAGCAAGAUUGAGAACCAAAAUGUCAAUAGUCAGCCGAAAAAGAAGCUGCUUGAAAAAACACUGA